UUAAGAAAAAGUGUUGUGAUAACAAGCAGAAAUGCCAGCAAGGUGAAGCUAAUGAAAUGGCUACUUCAGUUGAUAUUUCCAGCUCAGGUUGGGAAACACUGAAGCAGAUGAUCAAUGGAGUAACAGGUUUUGUGAGAACAAACAAUAAGCAGAAACGUCGGCAGAGAGAAUCUAACAAAAUGGCUGCUUCAACUGAUAUUUCCAACUCAGCACAAAGUCACCUUGAUACAGAGUUGAGGAUUGUGUUGAUUGGAGGAAGAUAUGACGACCUUGUCAGUGCUAAAAGCUCUGCUGGAAAUAUCAUUCUGGGUCAAAAUGUUUUUAACACCAGCAGAAGAACAGCUCAGAGUGAAGCGAGGCAGCAGGAAGUGUUCGGCAGACGAGUCACAGUGGUUGAUACUCCAGGAUGGUGGUGGCUUUGGCCUAGAGAAGAAACUCCAAAACUGGAUCAGAUAGAAAUCCAGAACAGUGUCCAUCUGUGUCCACCAGGACCUCAUGUCUUUCUUCUGGUCAUUCCUACUGGUUUAUAUUUACAUCAGAAAGUCAAAUCAUCACUAAAGCAGCACCUGAAGCUUUUCAAUACAGAUGUUUUCAGUCAUACCAUCGUGCUGUUCACUGCAGUUGAUCCAUGUAGUGAUGAAGACAUGGAAUCUAAAAUCAGAAGAAGACCAGACCUGCAGUGGAUUCUUCAACAAUGUGGAAACAGAAAACAUUUUCUCAACAUCAGUAACAAAGAAGAUAGAGAUCAAGUAAAGAAGCUUUUAGGGAAAAUUGAGACCUUGAUUACAAUCAAUGGAGGCAGACACUGUUCUGUUGACAGAAGUCAAGGAGAAGCUCUGAGAAAAGAAAUGACAGAUUUGACUGAAAGAGCCUCAAAAAGGUUUGAUCAAGUCCAGAAACAAAGAAAGAAACUGAAGCUACAGAUUGAAGGUGGGAAAGUUCCUCCAAAUGAUUUAAGAAUAGUGAUGAUUGGAGGAUCAUUUGCUUGCAAAAGCUCAACAGGAAACACCAUUCUAGGAAAAAAGAUGUUUAAUGUUAAUGAAAACGUUGACAGAACAACCAACAGUGAAAUCAGCCACAGUGUGGUUGAAGGAAGGCGGCUCACAGUGGUCGAUUCUCCUGGAUGGUUCUACAUCAACACCCUUCAGGAAACCAGUGAGAUGGAUAAACUGGAAAUAGAGAACAGUGUGAAUCUGUGUCCUCCAGGACCACAUGCUGUGCUGCUGAUUAUUCCUCUGAUAAUCAACAUUGAUGAAUCAUAUCUGAGAUCUGUCCAGGAACACAUGAGUCUGUUUAGAGAAGAAAUCUGGAAACACACACUUGUUCUGUUUACCUAUGGAGACUGGCUAGGAGUGAAGACUGUGGAGGAGCACAUAGAGAGUGAUGAAGGUCUGCAGUGGAUAGUGAACAAGUGUGAGAACAGGUAUCAUGUCCUGAACAACAAGGACCACAGUGAUAAGACUCAGGUAAAGGAACUACUGGAGAAGAUUGAAGAGAUGUGGGCAGGAAAUGAAAAGUCUUACUAUGAAGUGGAGCUGGACCGAGCAGCACAGCUAGAAACCAAGAGAGAGACUGGAGACAAGAUGGUCAAAAGGUUGAAGAAGAUCAAUGAGAGACAGACAAGAGUCCUGAAAGAACUGUUUGAAGGUGAGAGACAUCCAAUCACUGACAUCGGGAUUGUUCUUGUUGGUCAGAAAUGUUCAGGAAAAAGUGAAGCUGGAAACAUGAUUCUGUUCAAUGAAAAUUUUAGAAUAACAUUUGAUAGAGCUUGGUUGAAAAAGAACCAACAAGAUCAGAGAGAAACUUCAACAUGUGUAAAACACGAAGGAAACUUUGAUGGAGUAAAAGUCUCAGUUGUUGAAACACCAGGCUGGUUCUCAGACCCAACACCACCUGACUGGAUCAAAGAUGAAGUUCUCCACAGUGUCUCCAUGUGUUCUCCUGGACCUCAUGUUUUUCUCCUGCUUGUUCCCAUCCACAGAUCUUUCACAGAGAAAGAUCUCAAAGCUCUGGUGGAGAUCUUGAAGCCAUUAACAGAGAGAGUGUGGAGACACUGCAUGGUGCUGUUUACCUGGGGAGGCUGGAUCAAUGAUCUCCCUGUAGAGAAUCACAUCGUCAGAGAAGGAAAGGAGCUCCAGGAGCUUCUGGAGAAAUGUGACAACAGAUACCAUGUUAUAAACCCUAAGAGAUCUGAUUGUUCUGUUCAAGUCAAAGAGCUUUUCCAAAAGAUUAUUAACAUGGUAAAACAAAACAAAGAAUGCUUCACAAUUAAAGGCAAAGAUCAUAAACUUCAGAUUUUUCCUUUUCAAGCAAAACAGAUAGAAAAUGAGUGGAGCAGGAGAGAACAGGAGCUGAUAAAGCGAAUGAUGAAAGCUUUAUCAAUGGAACCAGAAGAACAAACAAUGCUUCAUGUGAGAACAGCAGAGAGCAAAGAAGAAGGUCCUGACAUGAGUGGAGAUCUUGCCUCAGAAUAUGGGAGCAUUUCAGAGAACAGGAGACGACGAGCGCAUGACCACGUGGCUGAAUGGCUGACUAGCAGAGUGAGAGAGUCAGAGAUCAGCUCUGGGAUCAGCAGCAUUUCUUCCUCAGACACGUACAUGGAAAACUUAGAGGAAAAUUUUGAAAUCGAUUAAAGUCAACAUUCAAAUUUAGCAAAAGAACAAAGCACUAACUUAUCUCAUGAGUUUCAAAAACUCACCAAACAUUUAAAUAAGUGUUUAUAGCUACUAAGAAAAAAAGAUGGAUACUGACUCUAAAAGAGUAGUAUUCAAAAAGUUUUUAACAUUUUUUCUAAUAUAUAAACAUUUUAGAUAUUUCAAUAAAUAUUAACACUUAAAUAUUUUAAUUAGUUUUCAUCAUGCUUGCGUAUAUAAAUCUCAUCCAACCUUCUUGUACAUUAUUAAUUUUGUUUAAAGGUUUGUUUUGUUUUACUAAACCAGCAUUGGGGAGGAAAUGUAAGGAAUAGUUGAUAAACAGUAAAAUUAUUACUCAUUCAUUAAUGCAUGGACUCCAUGCUGUAUACCUUGAUUUUAUGGUUUGCACCUUCCAUUAGAUUUUCAUGUAACCUACUAGAAGAUAUAUAUGCAACUUUCAUCCUGAUGUGUUCUGCAAAGCUUGAUGAUUAAAGUUUAAAAAGUUUAGUAGAUUUAAAUAUCAGAUCAUUAAAGGUUUAAGUGAAAUAUUAUUUUAAGACAAAGUAGAAGGAGGAACUGGUUCUGAGAUUAGCUUUAGAGCCACAAUGUUUCCAUCUGCUUGAGUUCUUCUAACAAAGAAUUUUUCAGGUUUGGACACUUUUAAGCCUUAAUUUAAUUGUUUUAAAUCACUCCUUGUUAAUAUGACCAGUGAUAACAUAAGCAUGUAAGGAACAAAUGAGAUAUCAAGAAUCAUCUUUGGUUUGAUACAAAUUCUUAAAACUGAAAUUAAAUUCGCUAAUUAUUUGAAUGUUUGUUCUUAGUGAACUAUAAAUUAUAUACUAACAAGAUGAAAUAAACUGUCAUGAUCUGUG